AAACAUUUCUACCGUGAACGGUUUCUCUUAUACAUCCCUUAGUCUAUUUCCUUGUUGUUUUGUUCGUGAUAAGAAUACUGAAAAUAUAGCUAACGAAAUUAUUCAAUAAUUUGUGAAUUACAGGUAUUUGUAGAUUGAUUCCUGGAUAGAACUCGGAGAACUGUGCAAUGAGACUGUAGUAAUGAAGCAAGAUGAAUGGAGCCCACACGCCCAAUGUGAAUAUCACACAGAACGGUGAGGUAUCGUAUAGUGCAAUACCUACAAUGCCAUCAAGCACACAUAGCAGUAACCAGAUGAGCCUGUCCCAGGGCAUAGGUCAAAUGUCAAUGACCGACGUCAACCUGGAGCAGGCUUUGGAUAGAAUUCAGGAACUUCACCGCGAAAAUAAUGAACUAAGAGAUUACCUGAAGGAUAACAACGAAAAGAUGAAGCUCCAGUAUCAGAACCUGUCCGAGUGGAAGGAGAAAAUCCGGGUCAACAACGCCAGGAACAAGGAGAAGUUCGACCAGACCAAGGAAGUAGUCCAGACCAUGACGCGGGAAAACGCGGAGCUCAAAGCCCAAGUCUCGGCAAAGGCCACUGAGCUACAACAGCUACAGAGGUCUGUGGUAGAGAUGGACAGUGAUCUCAGGUCCAAGCAGGAGGCCCUCAUAGAGCUUAGAAGGACAGUGGAGGAGAUAAGACAGUCCACGGGGGGUCAGGCUGGGGUUCGCUCCUCAGACAGCCUGGAUGCAGUUCUUGUAAACCAUGACAGUGGGGAAACAGCUGCCAUCAAGAAGGAAAAUGUGUUACUGAAAACCCAAAUAUCAGAACUGGAAAAUAAAGUAAAGCAGUUCCGAGAAAACAAUGACAGUUUGAUGCGUGAUUUGGACUCCUACAAAACGGUGAAACAGGAACUUCAGGAAAACAAUGCAAAGCUGGAGCGUGAGAAUACAGAGCUCGGUCAAAGGAUAGAGGGGCUGCUGAACGAGAAUAAGGGAAUGAAGUCAGAGACCAGGAUGUUGAGGAACCGAGUGGAGGAGGUGGAGCAACAGAUGUCUCGAGUCCAGGCCUCAGCGGUCAGCACUGAGGAGGACAGGAAGAUUCAGGCGGCUGAGAUGGCUCAAACUGAGCUGGGUGACCUGAGACAGCGCCUGAAGCAGAAGGAUGAGGAGAUCGCCUAUUACAAGGAGCAACAGCAGCACCACAUCUCUGACCUGACCAAGCAACACCAGCAACAGAGGCAGGAGCUGCUGCAGCAACUCGACUGUCUGCAACACGAACUUCAGCAAACCAAAGAUGAACAGACCAAGGCCUAUACAAGUGAUGUCCAGAGUCUUAGAAGUCAGGUUCUGACCCUCAUCUCCCAGGUGACCGAGUCCCAGAAUAAACUGGAGGCUGCAAACGAUGCCCUGGAGAAGAAGAGUGGUCGACUCCAGGAACUAGAACACAGCAGCGCGGUCCAACACGAGGAGUUCCAGAGGCAGCGCGCCCAGGACGCGGGGCUGGUGGAGACCCUCAGGCUGUCCCUGAAGAGUUACGAGGACGCCCUCAACGCGGAGAGAAAGGAGCACCAAAACACAAAGAAAACAUCCGUAGAACUCAGACAGUCUUUCAACCAGCUGGUGUCUGACCACAAAAAUUUGUCGGAGAAGUACGAUAAUGUCCGCAUGCAGGAACAGAGUGGUUGUACGGAGACAGAGAAGCAGAAGUUACUGGACCAGAUCGGUCGCCUGACGGCCCAGGUCUACGCCGGAGAGGAGGCCAUUAACUACCGAGAGGAGAAACUGAAGAAAGUGGAGGAGGAGAACAAGAAGAUUAAGGAGGAACUCAACAACGUGGUACCUGUGCUGAGGGCUCAGGCGGAGGUGUGGAAGUCCGACUUUGACGCGGAGAGAGACUCCAGAGAGCGACUCCACGCGGAGAAGAGCCAGCUGGAGAACGAGUUGAAGCAGCUCCAACUACGGAAUCAGCAGCUGCUGGAUGAGAUGGAGAACUUCUCCAAGCGGCAGUUCCAGGAGAUGCAGCAGCGCCACGCCAACCAGGGCUUCCAACACUCCCUGCAGCAACACCUGAGGGUGGGGCAACAGAACCACGGCAGCCCCUACCAGCCCCCCACCUAUACCACUCAGUCUUACCCUGGCCCCGCCGCGGGGGCCGGGGCUGUGUAUGACAACAGGUCUACUAAUAUGACCAUGGGACAGUCUCAUGGCGGAUCUCAGGAAGCGGAGGAGCUCCAGCAGUUUGAGUGUCCGAAGUGUAACCAGACAUGUCCCGACAUGGACACCCUCCAGAUCCACGUGCUGGACUGUAUCGACCAGGACAUGACCUGACCUACUGACCUGUGAACUGCCGACCUGUGACUUACUGAUCUAUGACCUAUUGACUUGUAACCUACUUGUGAAAUACUAACAUGCUGAAAUUCUCCAUUCAGGUAUGAAAUAUUAAAUCAAGAUGAAGUGACGGUCUCUACUGAAUCAAACAUUGCUAGGAUAAUGUACAUGGGUUGGUACAUGCAUAUAUGUUGGUGGAUGUGCAUUAUUUAUGUGUCAUUGCUUAACAUCAAUUAGUUGUUAUUUCUAAUGAAAUAGAGUCAAAUAUAAAAACACAAAUUUUAAACUCAGUUCCAAAACAUGCUUUUAAUGUGAUUCAUCAUCUUAAACUUUCUGAUUUAUUGAUACAAAAUUUUAGUUCUUAAGGUAUUAUAAUGACAGUUUUUUGGUUCCUUUGAAUUGUUUAUUUAUUAUUUGUUUUUACAGUCUUUCAAACUGUUGAUUUUACAAUAUAGAAUAUACAAUGUGAUUUUGUCAAUAAACGAUAUAAGCUUAU